CGCCAAUUCUGGGGAUGAUAGGGGAGACGUCGCCCAAGAGGAUGCGGCUCAGCCAGCCAAAAAUGAGGAGGCGAACAUAGCCCCCGACGAUGAGCGUCUUGAGGGUUAUGAUUCGGGGAAGGGAGCCUGGGAUGGAUCUAACAUAGAUGUGUUCGACCUAGGCCUUACCGUUGACGUGGAACGUCACAUCUGCCUUAUUAAGAAUUAGAGAUGGCAAUUGUGACCGAUCCGAUGGAUACCCGCACCGAACCGCCCCGGUCAAAAUGGGGAAAACCGCAUUGACCGGGUAAUGGGUACGGGGCGGGGAAUACCCGUUUUGUUUUUACGGGUAAUGGGGCGGUUACGGUGUUAUGCAUGCCCGCCCCAUUACCCGCCCCGUUUAUUUUUAGUUAUAUUUUAUUACAUUCUUAUCUAUUAUUUGUCCUACAACUAAUAAAAGAUGAGAUUUUUAAUGUUCAUUGUGUAUAUAUGGAUAAUAGAUGUACUAACUAUAGUGUAAGAAAGAAAGUUCUCAAUAGAACUUAAUAGCCUUGUUUGAUUAUUAUAUGAUUUUUUGUGAUUAAUUAUUUUCCAGAUCAAGUAUUUUUAGGUUUAGAUUAAUUUAGGUUGUUUUUUUUUCGUCUUAUAGAUAUAUGAAGCUUUAAAGUGACGUCUGAUUCUAGCGUCGUCUAGGUGAUGUCAUUUUUCGCCUUUUAAAAUAUUAUUUUUUAUUAAAAUAUCAAUGACUCAUUUAAUAAAGUGAUUACCCGCGGUUACCCGCGGUUAUACCCGUUACCCGUUGGGGCGGUUAUGGUUUGGGUACAAAUUACCCGUUGGGUAAUGGGGCGGUUAUGGGGCGGGGGAAUUACCAAACGGGGCGGGUACGGUUAUAUGUAAAACCGUCCCCGAUCCGCCCCGUUGCCAUCCCUAUUAAGAAUGUGGUUGGGCACGCGCAAUCUUUUUCGGAUCAGGCUCUCAAAGACCUCAAGAUCUACUUCCCCCCACCGUAGGUCUACAGCCUCCGAGGUGCGACCCAUGUGAUGAGGAGACAUCCGGGGAUGGUCAUGGUGCAUUUCGAUUUUGUCAAGGCCGGGCUGCGGUUCCCACUUCACUCAUUCUACAUCGAGUUCUUCUGAUGUUUCCAAGUGGCCCCCGCGCAGUUCAUGCCUAACUCUUAUCGUUUCAUCUCGGCGUUCAUCGUUCGCUACAAGGCCACGGGAGUGACUCCGAACUUGGAGUUAUACCAUUACUUCUUCCGGCUCACCCCGCAGAACUCUGAUGGGUUUCUGAGUAUCGUUGUGCGUGCCAAAUGGAAACUCUUCAAGGGGGCACCAACCUCCAUUCAUGAGUGGAAAAAUCGGUAUUUUUUCCUUCGUUACAAGGACGCUCGUCUGCCAAUUCAAUGGAAUGGGUAUCCCCCCAAGAUCGAAUCCCCAAGAAUGACAGAUGAGCUGGAGGAGCAAGUCAAAAAGAUGACGGUGGAAAAAAGGUAUUUUGGGAAGAAAAAUAUUUUGAACAAAAGGUAUUUUCUAUCAACCAAGCUAAUGAAACAAGUGUUUCGAGUCAUAUUUGGCACUAUAGGCUAGGAAAUUUAUCUCAUGAGAGGCUUUUUCUAAUUAAGCUUGGAUCUCCCUCUAAUCUUUUUG